CCGGCUGAGCACCCGGAGUGCGAGGCAACCUCUGGAGGGGCAGACGCGGGGUCGCGGCCUCCAAUUAGGAACUGCCAGCUGACAGGUGGACCGGAGCUUCAUCAGCUGGUGGAGCGCCUGCCUGGGGGAGAUGAAGGCCUGCUUGGUGCUAGGGCUGGCCUUCUGCCUCCUGCUGGGACCUCUGGCAGGGGCCAAGCCAGUGCAGGAGGAGGGAGGCCCCUAUGCCGAGCUGCCCGCCAUGCCCUACUGGCCUUUCUCCACCUCUGACUUCUGGAACUACGUGCAGUACUUCCAGACCCUGGGGGCCUACCCCCAGCUUGAGGAUAUGGCCCGCACCUUCUUCGCUCACUUCCCCCUGGGGACCACGCUGGGCUUCCAUGUCCCCUACCAGCAGGACUGAGCGCCAGCCUGGAUCCCUAGCCUCAUGCUCAAUAAAUUCCUGA